AUGUCAACUACUUCUUCGCAGUCAACUGAAAAGCGCCAUAUGUCCCCUUAUGUACAUUAUCAUUGCUCAUGUCCUGAUUUAGUUAAAAAUGAUAAUGAUAAAAAAGAAGUAACAGAGCAUUGUCAUCAAAUACGUUGUCCAAGAUGUGUACAAGAAGAAAUAGUCUGUUAUUAUUGUCCUAAUUGUUUAUUUGAAGUUCCAACGGCUAGUGUAAAAAGUGAAAGGAAUAGAUGUGCAAGAAAUUGUUUUCAAUGUCCAAUAUGUCAAAAUACACUUUCGAUUGUUGCUUCCACUGAAUCAACACCAUCAUCUCUCACUUCUUCAACAGCACUAAUUACUACCACAGAUUCUACCACGAUUUCACCUGAGACAAUUAGCGGUGCGCCAUACUAUUUUUCAUGUGGUGUUUGUCGAUGGGACUCGCAAGAAAUUGGAAUGACUUUUGAGAAAGCAACUGGACUAGCAUCACAACUUCAAAAAGCAGAAGACGAAAGACCUGAUGUUAAAGAAUUUGAUCAUCUCAAAGAACAUUUUGAAAAACAUUUACGACACACUACUCCAGCUGCAACAUUGCCAACAUCCAUUACAGGGAUAGGUAAUUUUAGUAGUAGAUAUGGUAGUGUGGCUAUUCCUGGUGGAUUAUCUCAUACCCAACAAAAAUCGGAUGAUCUUGCCCCAUAUGAAGCUGCCAUUAGAGUUGAAAAUGAAAGCGUAUUGGUUGAUGAUUUGGUUCAAUUAAAAGAUAUCAAUCAAAUUACAACAUUAAUGCAAAGAAUGAAUCAACUAAGCGAUCAACCAUACAAAGUAGAUCACCUUCAACCACAGCGUACACAUCUUCGUACAAAACGUGUUAAAAGAUGUAGACAAUGUCGUCACAUACUAAUAAAACCUGAACAAAAAGCUCAAUCAACUAGAUUUAAAAUUAAACUUAUUGCUUUAGCCUACAUUCCAAAAAUUACUAUUAUGAGUCUACCAAAACUUAUACUAAAUCAAACCACCCAGAUUAUUUUAAAGUUUUCAAAUCCAUUGUACGAAGAAGCUAUAUUAGAUUUAGAUGUGCAAGAUGCAGAAUUUGGAAAAAUUAAAGUUCUUGCGCCGCAUUUUAGUAUUGCACCAUAUAAUGAAGUAUGGGAAUAUGAUGAACAAGACUCGAUUCCUUCAAAGUCUCGCUCUCAAAUAUCUGGUACACCCAAAUCCGAUAUUGGUAUUUAUGAAAGAAGAAGUAAUUCUACAAGCAUCAUUUUGGAAAUCACACCCGAAGCUGAAGUAGAAGAGUUUAAGUUUGCAUUAUUGGUUACUUGUACUAGCAAGAUUACUGAUGAUAAUAAUAUUGAAUCAUCAAUUUUAUCCACUGAUACUACUAAAGCAAUCAUGCCGGAUUCUAAAUCUGAUGAUAAUCUUGACACUAAAACUGAAGAUAAUUCAAAUGAGAAACUUAAAAUUGAUUCAUCAUUAUCAUUUAAUGAGGAUAAUCAAGUUACGAAAAGUUUAUCAUUUUGGGUUGUAAUUGGGUUAGGAUCAGUGGUAAAUACUAGGCACACAGUCACUGGUUCUGUUAGAAUUUCUAGUAGU